AUGGAUUCGCCGCCUUCCCAAUCGCCGGGAAGGUCACCGGAAUCUCCGAUCGGAAAUUCCAAGAGGCCGUAUGGUUACAAUAAGACAUCAUCAUUGUCCAAAUCAACCUCAGAUGCCAGCAGCCAGAGCUUCUCCUCCAUCCUCAACAACCCUAACCCUUCGUCCUCCGUCGUCGGUUGGUGGUCCUCUUCCGCGGCCGUUCCGGUACCCGAAUUCGCUCCCCUGCCGCCGCCGCCUAAACCCGGAUCUGAAAUUACCCGAUCCGAUUUCGUGCCGUACGUAUCCUCUGUCUCGGAAUCUCACUCCCGCUUCGUGGACAUCCUCAGGCAGCACGAUAGGGACCACCAGGGGCAGGACGGUCCUUUCACCGGGGGAUCCGCCGGGGAGGCGUUGGUGGCGUGCUUGAGGGAGGUCCCCGCGCUGUACUUCAAGGAGGAUUUCCAGUUGGAGGACGGUGCCACGUUCCGAGCGGCUUGUCCCUUCCGGACAAUGUCAGAAAAUGUUGCAUUGCAGGAGAGAUUGUCGCAGUAUUUGGAUGUAGUGGAGUUGCAUUUGGUCAGGGAAAUUUCACUAAGGUCGAGCUCAUUUUUUGAGGCACAGGUGCAGUUGGAGGAUUUAAGCGCUAAAAUUGUCCAAGGAUGCGGGAGGGUUAGGGAGCUGAAGGAGACAAUCAGGCUUCUAGACUCGGAUUUGGUGGGUUCUGCUAGGAAGGUGCAGGAGCUAAGCAUGAAGCGCGGGGACCUGUUUGGAUUGCAGAACAAGUUACGGCUAGUGCUGUCUGUCAAUCAGGCGGUCUCCACUCUUCAGUUACUUGUUGCAUCUGCGGAUUGUCUUGGAGCUCUAGACAUUAUUGAUGACCUGCAGCAUAUAAUGAAUGGCGAUGAACUGAUUGGCUUACAUUGUUUUCGUCAUCUCCGGGAUCAUGUAACAUCCUCAGUAGAGUCUAUCAACAGCAUUCUUUCAGCAGAAUUUAUUCGUGCAUCGUUGCGUGAUGCUGGAAAUAUGGAUACAUCAGUUGCAGGGCUUACCUUAACCUCAAAUGGAAGAUAUGAUGAAGUUAGACUGGAAGAAGAGAGAACGUCCAAUUUUCAAGAUCAACUUCUCCCUCUCAUCAUUGGAUUGCUUAGAACUGGAAAAUUACCAGCUGUAUUGAGAUUAUACCGUGAUACACUUGCAUCUGAUAUAAAGACAUCUGUCAAGGUGACGGUUUUGAAUAUGCCACUCGAUUCGGAUUCUAUAUCUGGAGAGGGGAUUGCAGAUACUGAUGGUGGAGGCUCAUCACUAGGAAGCAAGUUGAAAAGUCUUUCACCUGAUAGCUUUUUGAAACUUUUGGAAGAAAUAUUCAAGAUAGUGCAGGCACGCUUACUGCGGGCUUCUGAAGUUAAACGAGCAAUUGAGUGGAUCAUGGGCAAUCUCAAUGGUCACUAUGCUGCUGCUUCUGUUGCUGCUGCCAUUGCACAUGGAGCAGCAGCUCCUGAAACAGCUCAGGAGGCUGAUGGUCAUGCCAGUUCCUUUUCACCAGAAUCUUCCCAAAAUGCUACUCGAGUGACUUCUAUCCAGGGAAGAGGAUAUGACACUGCAACCACAAAUCUUUCAAGAAAUUUCCGAGCCGAUAUAUUAAGAGAGAAUGCUGAAGCUCUUUUUGCAGCAUGUGAUGCUGCUCAUGGAAGGUGGGCAAAAAUUGUUGGAAUCCGUUCUCAAAUUCACCCUAAACUGAAGUUGCAGGAAUUUCUAGGUGUUUAUACCAUUAGCCAGGAAUUUAUUAGUUCAACUGAGAAGAUAGGAGGAAGAUUGGGAUACAGCAUUCGUGGAACAUUACAAUCACAAGCUAAAUCCUUCAUUGAAUUCCAGCAUGAAUCUCGAAUGGCUAAGAUGCGUGCUCUACUUGACCAAGAAAAUUGGGCUGAAAUAGAUGUACCAGAUGAGUUUCAAGCUAUCGUCAAUUCACUGUGUUCUUCAGGUUCUGUGGCUGCUGGGGAGAGGAAUUCAGUUUCCGAGGACACUGCAUCAACUUCUGAUGUAGGACCAAGCAGCGAUGGUUCCUCCAUGUUAGAUGCUGUUCCAUCAAAUCAGUCUCAGAAUGUUGAACAGUCUGAUUCUAACGGGAAUACUGAUUAUAUACCGAACUCUGAAUCAUCACGUGUUGGAGCUGCAGCUGAUAGUGGCAGUUCUGAUGUUAGUACGUCCUCUCAUGGAAACAAUGCCAGUGUAAAAGACCGUGGAAAGUCUGGACUCCGGAUGCUUUAUUUUAGAGGAAUUGGAUAUCACAUGGUAAACUGUGGCUUAUAUUUGGUGAAAAUGUUGUCGGAGUACAUAGAUAUGAGCAAUUUUUUGCCAACACUAUCUGCGGAAGUGGUUCAUCGUGUUGCCGAGAUCUUGAAACUAUUUAAUUCAAGGACUGCGCAUCUUGUCCUUGGAGCUAAUGCCUUACAGGUGUCUGGUUUGAGAUCAAUCACUGCUAGACACUUGGCCAUGGCGAGCCAGGUGAUAAGUUUCACCUUUGCAGUCAUACCUGAAAUUAGGAGAAUUCUCUUGUUUAAAGUUCCGGAGACCUAUAAACCACUUUUGCAGUCAGAGAUCGAUCGAGUAGCAACUGAUUACAAAAAUCACCGGGAUGAGAUUCAUUCCAAGCUGGUUCAGAUAAUGAGAGAACGAUUAUUGGUUCAUCUGAGAAGCUUGCCACAAAUUGUUGAGGGUUGGAAUAGGUCAGAGGAUAAUGAUUUACAGCCUAGUCAGUUUGCUCGGUCACUUACCAAGGAAGUUGGAUAUCUUCUACGUACCUUAACCAAACACUUACUUGAAGAGGAUGUUCAAGCUAUUUUUGGGCAAGUUGUUGUAAUUAUGCACUCUCAAAUUCAUGAUGCAUAUUCACGGUUGGAGUUGACCUCUGCACAAGUUAAACGCAGUCUUCGCUGUGAUAUCCAGCAUUUACUUGGAUGCAUCAGAUCAUUACCUUGUGAUAGUUCGGGUAAAUCUGAUCAUCCCCCAAACUGGGGACAACUCGAUGAAUUCCUUGAACAAAAUUUUGGCUCUGAAUCUGGUGAAUAG